GUCAUUUGCACCUCUAUAACUGUCUGGUUCGGUUCUGCAACCCAACAAGAAAAACACAGACUUCAGAGGAUAAUUAGAACUGCAGAAAAAAUAAUUGCUACCAACCUGCCUUCCAUUGAGGACCUGUAUACUGCAUGAAUCAAGAAGAGGGCCGUGAAAAUAUUUACAGACCCCUCGCAUCCUGGACAUAAACUGUUUCAACUCCUACCCUCAAAAUGACACUAUAGAGCACUGCACACCAGAACAACUAGACACAAGAACAGUUUUUUCCCGAAGGCCAUCACUCUGCUAAACAAAUAAUUCCAUCAACACUGUCAAACUAUUUACUGAAUCUGCACUACUAUUAAUCUUCUCAUAGUUCCCAUCACCAAUCUCUUUCCAUUUAUGACUGUAUGACUAUAACUUGUUGCUGGCAAUCCUUAUGAUUUAUAUUGAUAUAUUGACCAUCAAUUGUGUUGUAAAUGUUGUACCUUGAUGAACAUAUCUUUUCUUUUAUGUACACUGAGAGCAUAUGCACCAAGACAAAUUCCUUGUGUGUCCAAUCACACUUGGCCAAUAAAAAUUCUAUUCUAUUCUAUUCCAUUCUUUUCUUUUCUUUUAUGUACACUGAGAGCAUAUGCACCAAGACAAAUUCCUUGUGUGUCCAAUCACACUUGGCCAAUAAAAAAUUCUAUUCUAUUCUAUUCUAAAAAUUAAAAUAAAUCAGACCUAGGAGAUUAUCUGUUCAUGCCAACCUAACAAUCCCUCAUGCAACUGUUUUUCUUUAAUUGAAUAGAAACUAAAUAGAAACUGUUCAGUGGUAAAAUCCAAUUUGUUUUACUACCGGUUCUGUGGGUGUGGCUUGAUGGGUGUGGUGUGCCUUGGUGGGCGUGGCAGGGGAAGGAUACUGCAAAAUGUCCAUUCCCACCCCACUCUGGGGCCAGCCAGUGGUGGUAUUUGCCGGUUCUCCGAAUUGCUCAAAAUUUCCGCUAUCAGUUCUCCAGAACCUGUCAGAACCUGCUGGAUUUCACCCCUGGUCCUGUUUCACUUUGGGCCCAUCCAUUAGCUGAGGCAGAUCUGAAGAUGCCAAAUUUUCCAUGAGGUGCUGAGCUAUCCCCAGUAGGGUUGUUUCAGUGUAGAUGCGACAGAUUCCCUCCAAAACUUUGGUAUGCACAGUGCUGACCUUCAGCUAUCGGCCAGUUGGCAAGAUAAAUAUUUAUGAAUAGAAUAUUAAUUUAUCUUGCAGCACAUAGAAACAUCUUAAGUCAGCUGAGUAAUAUCCUGCCAGGAAGAUGGCAUUUUUCUCCAACAAGUUAAGCUUCCAACCCCUUUGCUGAGCUCCAAAUGGCACUAGGAUCCUAGGUAGAUUCAUCAUGGAACUGCAGAGAGGAGGACAGAGAGAAAAAUCACAAAACAGAAAUUGGGUAGGGAACCAGAACACAGAAAGAAGUUGCAAAUAUAGAUUUUAUUUAUUUAUUUGUCAACAUGUACAAGAUAGCAGGUAUAGGUAUAAACAUAAACAUAAAGGAAGGAAGUAAAUACAGAUAAAUGGGGACAGUAGGACGGGGUGGUAGACACACUGGUGCGCUUAUGCACACCCCCUUUAUGGACCUCUUAGGAACGGGGUGAGGUCCACAAUAGACAGUCUGAGGUUGAAGCUGUGAGGGUUUGAGGUUGUAACAACGGAGUCAGAUAGAGCUUUCCAGGCGUUGACCGCUCUGUUGCUGAAGUUAUAGUUUCUGCAAUCGAGUUUGGAGCGGUUUACCUUGAGUUUGUAUCAAUUGUUUGCCCGUGUAUUAUUGUGGUUGAAGCUGAAGAAGUCAUUGACAGAUAAGACGUUGUAGCAGAUAAUUUUGUGUACUAUGCUUAGAUCAGACUGCAGGUGGUGCAGUUCCAGAUUGUCCAAGCCCAGAACUUCAAGUCUGAUGGCAUAAAGGAUUCUAUUGUGAGUAGAGGAGUGGAGGACUCUUCUCAUGAAAUACUUCUGGAUCGCUCAAUUGUGUUAAUGUCCGAUAUAUAGUGUGGAUUCCAGGCGGAUGAGCUGUAUUCAAGAAUUGGUCUGGCAAAGGUUUUGUAUGCCCUAGUUUGCAGUACAAUGUUACCGGAGAAGAAGCUUCGCAAGAUUAGGUUAACAAUUCUUAAUGCCUCUUUGGCAAUGCUGUUACGGUGAGCUUAGAUCGUUUGAGAUGAGUACUCCUAGGUCCUUGACAAAAUGAGGAUCGUCUACGAGAUCGUUUUGCCUCCAGUUGAAACGAGACCAAUUUUCCCUUGCUGGUGUUUCAGGUGGAUAGAGAAUCUGCGGCUCACUCAGCAGAUGAAUUACUUCUGAGAUAAUUCAAAUAAAAGUUUUCUCACUGAGGUUUUUAUUUGAUUCCAGGUACCUGCAUAGGAAAAGAUGAACAUAUUCAUCCGGAUGGCAUUAAUAAAAUCAGGUGGCGUGGAAUGUUAGCUUUGGAAUAUUUUAAGACACGUGUUGCUUUUUUAAAAUGAAAUAACUUAUUUAUUUAUUUAUUUAUUUAUUUAUUUAUUUAUUUACCACCCUUCUCCGAAGACUCAGGACGGUUUACAGCCAAGAUAAAAUCGCACAGAAACAAACGUUAAAAAACAUUAUUAAAAAUCUAAUUCAAAAUUGGCCCAAUAAUUUUAAAAACUAAUAAAAUUAUAAAAUAAAUCCUAAUAAAACCACCCAUGUUAAAAUUGCAAUUAGGCCAACCCUGCACGAUGGAACAAGAAAGUCUUAAGCUUGCGCUUAAAGGUCCGGAGGUCAGGGAGUUGGCGUAGCCCCAGAGGUAGCUCAUUCCACAGGGCAGGAGCCCCCACAGAGAAGGCCCUCCCCCAGGGAGCCGCCAGUCAGCAUUGUUUGGCUGACGGCACCCUGAGGAGGCCCCUCCCUAUGGGAGCGCACAGGUCGAUGGGAGGCUAUUGGUGGCAGUAGGCGGUCCUGUAAGUAACCCGGUCCCAAGCCAUGGAGCGCUUUAAAGCGCAAGCUUGUGCAGAUGUUUUCGGUCUAGCCAAAGAAGCCAGGAAACGAAAUCUCGGUCCUCUUCACCCUUCCUUCAACGUGAUGAAAAUAAUAAGAGACGGCCUCUACAAAAAUCUCCCCGAAAACAGUUACAAAUUGUUAUCGGGGAAACUUUCAAUUUCGCUAACAAGAGUGUCUGAUGGGGAAAAUGUAUUAAUAUCCAAUUUUAAUUCUAAAGAAGAGGUGGUGCAGGCCCUGCUUUGUAGCUCAUUUGUACCUAUAUAUUGUGGCCUCAUUCCACCUUCAUUUAGAGGGGUGCGCUACGUGGACGGUGGAUUAAGUGACAAUUUACCUCACUAUAAUUUGAAGAACACCAUAACCGUUUCUCCUUUCUCUGGGGAAUGUGACAUUUGUCCCAAGGGGAACUCUGCAAACUUCCAUGAGAUGCAUGUAACCAAUACAAGCAUUCAAUUUAGCUUAGGUAACAUGUAUCGUUUAACUCAAGCACUUUUUCCUCCAGAACCCCAGUUGCUAGCUGAACUCUGCAAACAAGGAUUUUCGGAUGCUCUUAGAUUUUUGAAAGAAAACGGUUUUCUGCAAGAAUCAGUGUCUGCCGACAUAGCCUUAACCAAGCAGGAACAUCUGAGAUAUUCUCAAAUCUCACGCUACAGUGACCAAAAAAAUGCAGUAAAUAAAGACAAAAAAGAGAUACAAGACGAAAAAGUAUUUAUUGAUCAGCUAAAGGCAACAUCUUGGCCAUUGGAUAGAAAUAUAUUUGAGAAGCUGCCUCCUAGACUACAUAAAGCAUUACAAGAGGCUUGUAAAGAAAAAGGUGGACUCUACACUCAACUUUCAAAAUUUCUUCCCAUGCGACUCAUGUCCUACAUGAUGCUACCUUACACUUUACCGGUUGAGUCUGCCUUCUUUGUGGUAAUAAGAUUGGUCCAGUGGUUUCCGGACAUCCCUGAGGAUGUGCGAUGGAUGCAGGGGCAGCUUUCCCAAAUGAUGGGUUCAGUCUAUGGCCGAGCAAUGAAAGGGCUCCUGAAGACCCCAAGCAAAGUAAGUGAAAUCUUGCUUAGCAAAUGCCAGACGGCUCCAGGGAAGCCUUGCCCUCGUCUCUCCUACCCGCCUCCUAAAGCGUCUCACUCUUCCCCCAAUCUUGAAGAAUGGCUCUGGAGUCUCCCCUAUUGCGAAGACUUGAUGAAGGAGAAGGGGGCCGUUAGUAAUUCCGACAUCUCUGGUUCCGUCGCUUCCUUUUUCAUGGACACGGAAACAUCUGGAAUGUCUACGGAUAUUGACUCUUCCUCCGAGAAAAGUUUUUAUUCUGUCUCUGAAGAUUAGCUGGGGUGGGGGAGGCGCUAAGACAUUAGGCAGGGAAAUUCACGCCUUUGAGGUAUGUGUUCUUCUAGCCCUUGGCCAAACAACCUUUAGGAUGCUGCUUCUCGAUCUGAGCAACUUUGAAGGUGCUAAGUGGAACUGGACUUCAACUCAGCACGCUACCACAUCCGAAUUCUGGGUGUUGAAACCCACCCAUCUGAAAGUUGCUGAGAUUGGGAAACACGACUUUAGGAAGUCUUUGUUUACAACUCGGUUGCCUUUGACGGCAUCUUUUCUGGCUUCCAGGCAUGUGGGCUUCGUUCUGGUCUAGUUUUUGGAUAGCGGACAAAGGGUUGAAAAAGCCGAAGCGCAAAAAGGAGCAUUUUUGUACCCAAAAUGAAAAAAAAAAAAUUCAGCAGGAAGACAAUCUACAUCACCUCUUGUUGGUGGUUUUAUAUUGCGAUAAGCAUUUGUAGCACGAUGUUAACUUUUUUUUUUUAAUUUUUACAGCAAGAUCUGUAGCUCUUGUGUGACUUUUUUAAAAGUGGUUUUUUUCCCCCGCACUUGUUACACAUCUCCUACUUAAAGAGAUAGAGAAUAAGGGGCCUUUUGAGGAGUUCCUGUUUUUUAACUUGACGUAUCUGGCAGAGAGGUCUCAUUCAAAAUGAAGAAAACAGCCUGCCUACCACAAGUAGGCAGAUUGGGAGCAGAAAGGAACGAUGUUUGAUACCCUUAUUUUUUUUAAAAACAGGAAAAACUAUUUUUCAUUUAACAUGUAUUGUUCAUAUUGUUAAUAUUAUAGGGAAUGUUGGGAGAAUUUCUAGAUGUCCCAAUUUCUCCUCUUUUUAUUGGACUUUUCCUGAAAUUAAUCUCAGGAUUGAUGGACUCAGUCACUUUUUUAAAAUUUGAAACUCCUUGACUGCCACAAGGAAAGCAAAGGGUUUUCUAAUUUUUGGGGUGCUCUCCAAAAUCUCCUAAAAACACACAUAUAUUUUUACUGCCAGAAAGGCUUCCAUCUCCUAUUUUCCCCCCUUGAAGUUCACUAAAGACACCACCCUAAGCUGGAAGCCCUCCAAACGUGUAGAUUCAUUUCCCAGAAUUCCCAAGCAGCAUGACCUUUACUGAGAAUUCUGGGAGUUGAAGUCCACCCAUCUAUGAAUGUCGUACAGCAGGAGUCUCCAACCUUGGUCCAUUUAAGACUUGUGGAUUUCAACUCCCAGAGUUCCUCAGCCAGGUGGCUGAAGAACUCUGGGAAUUGGAAGUCCACAAGCCUUAAAGGAACCAAGGUUGGAGACCCCUGUCCUACAGCAGUGUUUCUUAACAUUAGCAACUUUAAGAUACAUGGGGGGAUGGGGAUUCUGGAAGUUGAAGUCCACAUGUCUUAAAGUUGACGGAGUUGAGAAACACCGCUCUGGAGUGCUGUAUCUUAAACCAGCAUUUUAUUUCCUGUGAAUGAUGUAGACUUUACAUCUAGAUAUCUUUAAUUCAAAUGAAUAAGAUGAACCAUUAAAAAAUAAUUCAUUGGUGGAAGAGAGAUGCAGGUUUUUUAAAAAAAUUAUUUUUAUUACCUUAGUAACCUUGAGAGCAGAUGUCAUUAAGAAAUAUAUUGUCCAGUUUCCUUAUGCGAUUUGGAAUUUGUGGAUCUUAAAGUAUUUUCCCAUGCUCUUCAUUGUAACUUGAUUUAUCUCAGAAUAAGAAAUAAGCAAAGGCAUUCAGAACAGGAAACUCAUAUGAUUUCUGCAUUUUCUUCCUUUUAAAUUUAAAUUAUAAAUAAAAUCCAUACAUUAUUCAUUAUUUAUGAACACGCAUGCAACUUAAGCCUUAAUUUUCAAUAAUAGUAAGAAGCAACAAUAAUAUGCCAUCAUAAAUCAGCCAUAUUUCAAAUGGAUUCAAUAAUUUCUUUGGAAUACGGUACUUAAUACUUCGUGUGUCAGUAUCUGUUGCAUAAAGUGACAGGGAAUUCUUGCACAUGGUGCAUAAAUAUUAAAAUUGUAUUUUGGGAAAUCAGACUUUUGCUAUGAGUAACUUACCAGCUCUGCACUUUGGCACUGCAAUGGGUUAAAGUGAUGGGUUAAAGUGUCAGUAAUGGCCAUCCCUUAUUAGACUAUUUUCUUCUGAGGUAUUAUAAGUUUUCCAAUCAAAGGGUUAGGGUUAGGUUGGAGACUUGUUACAAAUGAAGUGGAGAAUAAUAUCCCCAUAGCUGCUUUUAUUUAUUUCAAAUUCAUUGUCAACUUUUUAGCAGGUUUUAUUCUGACAAAAUACCUAAUCUUUAAGAGUUUUUUUUUCUUUUUGGCUUUUUAAAGAAAAUCUAAGUAAUGCUGAGUGGAGUGGAGGGGAAUGAAAUGUAGUUAAAACAGUUUUUUCAGAGUGUUAAAAAGUUUAAUAGCAUGGACACAGACUUAUUUAUAUUCUUUUGGUGCUAUUUUCAGCCAGUGCCGAAGUACUGUUUUGUGUGACAGCUGGUCAUACUUAUUUUCCUAAACUUUUAUUGUGUUUCCAAAAUGAACUAUUUGUAAUAUUUCUGCAAUCAGCAGUGUUUUUAAAGAAGCAGAAUAAAGAGAUGCUGUGUUUAGUGA